ACGCAUUCAUAGACGGACAUGAAACGCAGGACACCAAAUUCCUCCAUCACACGGCUCAGGAAGGUAUCUUGAAGACCCGGUUGAGCAGCAUUUAGUCGGACUGUCAAGAUGCCGACCUGUUCUGUCACAGAUACGGACGACACGAUUGACCCGACACCAAUCCUCCAGUACGGGAAGAUCCACGUCUCGCUACAUGCUAUCGGCCAACUCUCUUGCGUCGUAUUUGCCUUCGCAACUACAGUCGUUGCCGGAUAUCUGAUAUUCAGGCAUGCAAGAAACUAUCACACACCCGAAGAACAGCGGCAUAUAAUCCGCAUUGUGCUCAUGCUGCCAAUAUAUGCCAUCAUAUCGCUGUUCAGUUAUCUCUAUUAUCCAUGGGCGUUGUACUACACCACCGUACAAGACUGCUACGAGGCAUUCGCCUUGGCAUCGUUCUUUUUCCUGUUGACGCAAUUUUUGGCACCGACACUACGGGAACAGCGUUUGCUCUUCAUGUCGCGAGGUAUGAAGAGAAAAUGGGUGUGGCCACUGGGAAAAUGGAGAUGGCGACCGAGUGGCAGUGUCUGGUUCGAGAUGAUCAGAUUCGGCACAAUGCAAUACGUCUUCAUCCGCCCCGCCAUGACCCUCGUCGCAGUCCUCACAAAUGUCUUCGGCCUUUACUGCGAGUCAUCCUACUCCCCCGUCUUCUCCCAUAUCUGGGUCCUCACAAUCGAUUCCAUCUCCGUCUCGAUCGCAAUGAUGGCCGUAAUCGAGUUCGCUUACGAAAUGACCGAAGAACUGAAACCCUAUAACCCCGUGGGGAAACUGUUAUGCAUUAAGAUGAUCAUUUUCUUUGUGUUUUGGCAGACUGUUGCCUUGGGAUUCGCGUCGAGUUUUGGGUGGAUUAAAGCGACGGAGUAUUGGAGUCAGACUGAUAUCGAGACGGGGUUGAGCGCUAUCUUAGUCUGCGUGGAGAUGUUCAUAUUCGCAUUGUUCCACUUACGGGCAUUCACCUUCAAACCAUACCUCAUCACCUCGGCUGGCAAUGGAGAAGUCAGGAAGACCCCGAUACGGCCCGCCCUGAUCGACUCCCUAAACCCGAUGGACUUUAUCCGCGCGGUAUGGGAUACCACACUCUGGCUCAUCCGCAUCUGUCUCCGUCGGCCGGACCCAACCGGUAAGCGGAAGAGUCUCCGAGAAUGGGAUCUUGUGCAAAUUCGGGGACGAGGACGACCGGCACCUACCACUGGAGGUGACAACGGACGGGAGAGUUUGUUGGAGGGAACUUAUGUACCACCGAUGGUAGCUACGGAGAUGAGAGCGGAUUCAAUCCCGAUUAUGGGGUGGAAUAACAUCGACAUCGAACUCGAUGAACGUAGGACCUCAACGGAUGGGAGGUCUGAAGAUGGGAGUCUGGAUAGUCAUGGGGUUGAUAAGACGGAUAUUGUCGUACGUCCUGAUGGAUCUAUCGCUGUCCGUCGCGAACGUUUUCCCAGGCGACAGGUGCCACCAGAGGAUGAAGAGGAGGAGCGUGAGGAAGACGAUGAUAGCUGGUCCGAUAUCGGGGGUGACUCGGCAGUUGGACCGCAGACGGCUCAUCAUGAAUUCUCUCCGAGCAAGAUCAAGGAAACACCCAAACCAAAUAUCACCGUCCUUGAGCGUUCGAUGAGUCAUGAAACGACCGGCACUGGAGUGACCCCGGGGUUGGGGGUUGUAUAUCAAAUCAUCACCAACACUACGCCGCCCACGUACGUAGGGGACAGGUAUCCGUUUCCAUCGGAAUAAGCACCAUUGCCGAUGAGUACGACGCCCGAGCCUAUCGUACGGGGCCGUGCUGGCAGUGUCGGGACAUCUUUGCAGAC